AUGGCACCUCCACCCGAUUCCCAGGAGGACCGUGCAGCGUUCGUUGAUGCUUGUAUCGCCGCCAAGCAAAGGAAAGCGCGGGAUGUCUGGGAGUCACUUGGCUUGACCAGUGGGAAGGCCAAUGACUUACAGAAAGGGUAUUUUGCGAAGGAAGAAGCCAACGAACUUCAGGCAGACGUUGAGCAGAUAGCAAAGUUGUUUACUACGUCUCAUCGUUGCAAAUUGGAGGAGUCAAAAUCCUACUUGGCGGAUGAGAACGCCUUCUCCGAUGACGUUUCCAAGCUUGGACAGAAGUACGGAGCAAAGAUAUGGGGUCGUUUAGAAGAUGGCGAGAUACGCUUGUCAGGUCAAUCUCAAGGAAGUGAUAACGAUCAGUAUGACUGGGAUGACGCUGGAGGCCGCAAGAACAUUCUCUUUUUCAUCCGCUGCUGGAUCAUAUGUAUCGUCGUAGCUCCACGAAAAGGGAAAGGGAAAGGGCGAGCCCGGGAGUCAGGUCCAUCUGCAGACCAACACAGCCAUACCAUUAUCGACCUCUCGGAUCCUGGUAGUCCCGUUACUCCAGGUAUGUCGUUUCGGGCACCAGAGCCACCGUGCAUGUAUCCAACGCCUGAACCACGCCGAGAGGCGACAACCACCGGUGCUAGCGAUAAGACUUCGAGCACUUUGCUCAGCUCCGCGACUCAUGCUAGGAGUAACAGCAGCACGACACCAAGUAAGAGAAAAGCGCACGACCCUCACGAACGGACGCCUCCUGGGAAACUGCCGAAGCCUUCGAAGAGCGUUCAAAGAGUUCCAUUACUCUCUCAAGAGCGACGAGAUCCCUACUCUAUUCCCAGAUCCCCUCCUGCAUUUCCAAAUCUGAAGCACUCGUCAUUCGAGAGACGAAGAGAGACCACAUAUGAUACAGAUGCGACAUGGGUGCCGCCUCGAGAAGCAACGGCAGACACGGAAACAGUGGUCGAUGGGGAAGAGGUUCAUCCUGAGGAAGUUGAUUCGUGCCUGCAGAAUGCUAUUGCCAUGGCCCACGAAGACGAAAUGCAGUACGAGUAUGAAGAUGAGAACGCCGCUGGCCCAUCGGGUACCAAUCGAAACCUUCUCAGACAAGACUCGGUUAUCCCGAAUGACGCAAGAGACGCUGAUAUCCAUCCCUCAAUCGAUGAACCUUGCCAAAACGAGGACACAACAAGCGAUGCGUACAACGACGCGAUCAUACAAUCCCUCAUAUCCGACUCGGAACCUGCAAACAAGCAAAACCGUUCCUACCGCCUCGAGCUCUUCAAACUCCUCGUUUCCUACCUUGAUGGCAUUAAACAGUUCGAAUCCAUUAGCCACGACUUCGCCGCCGAAGAACGUAUGAACUUCCUGCUCAACCAUUUCCAGUGCACCGACACAGCAACUUGGCGUUCCAACCACAGCGGCAGCGCUGUUCGCUUGCACUUCGCAUUGGAACGAUGGAUGAGUAUGCGCCACCGCCUAAGCGCUUUCCGCAGUGCAACGGGCUGCUUCGGCCAACCGGGUCAGCAGUGGGAGGAGUUUCUGCGGGGUCUGGACAAUGUUCCGCAUGCGGAGGCUAUCUUGGCUUUUGUAGAGUUGAAGGAUGAUGGAGAGUUAGAAGAGGGGAGAGAGCUUGUUGCAAGACAUGGGUUUGAUGAGGAUCUUAUGGUGGUGUUUGAUGGGUUGACGAGGAUGAAGGGGUGUAACGGGCCGGAGGCAUUCAAGGGCGUGAAAAAGUUUAACAAAGCGUUGCUGAAAUGGUUUGAGGAGUGA